AUGUGGUUGCUUUUGUUUUGCGUCGUCGCGGGCGCCGCGCUUUCGGCCGAGGGCGCGGGCGCGGGCGCCGCGCGGCUCGUUUGCUACGUGGAGGGCGGGCACCAGGAGUUCUCCGAGUGCACGCAUCUGGUUUACGCGGGCGAUGCCAGGGGAGAAAAGCUGGAUGGCCUGCUGAGGGAGUACAGGAAGAGCAACCCGCGGCUCAAGAUCAUAUUGCGGGCCUCCGAAGUUGAUAAGGACCUUCGCACGCUGCUAAAGUCAAAGCAUGUCCAAGGUCUGGAGUUGCACGAUGCGCACCGCACCAUCAACAGGACGAAAGUGUUGGAGAUGGUGGACUCCGCGCGUGCGGCUAUCAGCUCAAACGGCGGUGGACCGCUGUUCCUCGCGCUACCCGCGCACCCCGAGCUCUUGGCGAAAUACUACGACCUCCGCGAGCUGGUUAAGAAGACCGACCUGAUGAUUGUCCAGACCCACGCUUUGGGGCUGGUGAAGAGGAUGACCUACCAUCCGAGCAGGCUGAGCGGCCUUUGGGACAUGAUGAACACCGACUCUGUUGUCGACUUAGUCAUCGGCCUGGGCGUGCCACCGUCCAAAAUCGUGGUCAGCUUACCCGCCACCGCCCGCCAGUUCACCCUGCUAAACGAGACCCUCAGUACUCCCGGCAGCCCGACGUUGGAGGAAGACCCUAAGGAGAUAGACCAGUCCGAACUGUGCAGGCAGCUGCAGAGAGGACGCUGGACUUUGGAAAGGGAUCAGGAUUUAUCAGCGCCAUACGCAUUCAAAAACAAGACGUGGAUCUCCUUCGAAGACUCUUCCUCUGUAGACGUGAAGGGUAAAUACGCCCGGGUGAGGGGUCUCGCUGGGCUGGCGCUCCACAAGGCUGACAAAGACAUCGACACGCCGUGUGGACCCACGCUGAGGGCAAGCCUGGCCAAGGUCCUCAACCAGCAAAGUCGCGCACCGAGAGCUGCUGUGCUGAGGUCUCUCGAAAAUGAGAUCCUGUCAGCCCAAGGUCAAGCGCGACCUCUGGACGCUCUCCAGGUGUCCCCGUACCGCAUCACACAGGUCGUCGAUUCCGAUGGUGUUAUACACUCCAUCAGAGAGGAUACAAGGACGGAGUUCUCGUGUUCCCGCCAAGGUUACUUCGUGCACCCUCGCUCCUGCGCCAGAUUCUACCGUUGCGUGAAAUUCGACCAAUAUUCUCCCGACUAUACUGUGUUCGAAUUCGACUGCCCGACGGGUCUCGCGUUCGAUUCUCGCUACGAGGUGUGCGUGUGGCCGGGCAGCUUGCCGAACUCGCAGGCCUGCCCCGGCACCUCGGAGAUCGCCCCCGUCCCGAGGACAAGAUUCGUCUGCCCUGAUGUCGAAGGAUUUUACGUGGACCCGGAGAACUGCCGCUGGUUCUUCGCUUGCCUGGACCACGGGAAGGCGCCGCUGACCGCCUACGAGUUCCGCUGCCCGUUCGGUCUCGGGUUCGACGCAGCGCGGCUCAAGUGCGACUGGCCGUGGCUGGUGCCGGGGUGCGGGGACAUCGGCAGAUACGAGGCGGAGGCGUACGGAUUCUCCGGGGCGACGCUCACAGGUGCUCUCGGCUUCCGGGGUAAGACGGCAGACUCUGUCAACGUAGCAGCUCAUCAGAGCCUGGUCUCUGGGGCGUCCUUGGACAACUUGGUGGGAAUACAAGGCGGGUUCCUGACAAGGGGCGACGCUAUAGACGGGAACUACAUCACCUCUGAGGAGCUGGUCGGCGGCGCCAGCAACGACUACGUGUUGACGAACGACGCCUCGAGCCUCGUCGAGAGCGUCGUGAGAUACGAUAACGGCGGUGCUCAAUCCGCGGCUAACGUCGGUCAAGCGACCAACUACAACAACGAGCCCGAAUACACGAGCGGCUCGCUGAUCUUGGACGACUACAGGCUGCCGACCGACAAAUCUGGUGCCGGCCGCUCCAAUGUCCAGAGCGUGGGCGCGACGGAAUCGUACACCCAGAGCGCGCGGGUGACCAGCUCGAUCCGCAAGAACACCGGCAAGUACGACAGCAGGUACAACACCGGCCAAUACAGGCCGCAGGCGUACAGCGGCGGCCGAUUCAACGACGGUAAAUACAGGCCCUCCAACACCGGCAAGUACGUGCACGACCCAACCGGCGAUAAGGCGCUGCCGUACAACCACAUCUCGUCCCCCGUUGUGCCGUACAAGCACGUGGACUACGGCUACACUGUCACGAAGGGCUUCGACGUCGGGCGGUACAACGGAACGUGGUCGUACGACGACAAGCAGUCCGGCGGAUAUCACUACGACAGGCCCGCCGGGCCGGCGUUCGAGGAGGGCGGAGACGUUAACGGGUACACGGGCUCGUACAACGUCAACGGCUACGUCGGCACGUACGACGCCGGCGCGAUAAACGUCGGCCUAGUCGGUAAGACGACGCUGGUCGACGUCGGCUACACUGGCCAGGGGUACGAUUACACCCAAACGGGCCAGCCGUCGUAUGUCUCUAAGCCGGCUGUGACAGUGAAUCACGCAGGCACGGACUUCCGCAACCUGGACGGAUACAGCUUCGUCACCAAUCCCACCUCCUCCGGGAUCCCCACGACCGCCACGCCGUUCGCGGUCACCACAGCUCUGCCGACGGUCACCACUUACAGGACAACGUACGUGCCUUUAGCUCCGAGGACAAGCGUUAAGCAAAUCUUCGGCUACACUCCGUCGCCUGUCACCUUCGUGACACCUAAAGUGGAAGUCGUCGAUUACAAUGUCAAUACGAAUUAUCGGAGCGAAGCCAAGGCCUCGACUUACGGCGCAGGUGUCACUACGGGUUAUGACUACCCUCGGCCCAGUGUCAAAUUCGAAGAGGGCUUGUCUUUCACUACUGCCGCGCCGACGGUGUCAUUGUCCCAAGGCUUUGGCCAUCAACAGCAAACUGUCCAUGGCGUGGCGUCAGAUAUCGCCGAACUAACUCCUGUAACCGAACAGCCUUUCAAAAAAUUGGUGGCAUACACUACUGGACCACCAGCUUCCUCGUACUCUCAACAAACUGUGAACAGGGUUAAUGCGGCGAACGUGUACACGACUGGCACUGGGUCCACUAACUACAAAGAAGGUGGGUCUACUGUCACAUUUGUACAACCACAGAACGUGGUAUAUACUCAACAAACAUUACCAACUGUCUCCGUCCAACCAGCUGUGUCAACAUAUCAGCCGCAAGCUUAUAGCCAGCAAACGAUCCAUAAGGUAGACGCUAGCAGAAUUAACGCCUUCGCCCAAAACGAGGGAGCUAGCUACCAAUAUACAAAUCCGGGCAGCUACGACGAAACACAGAAAACUGUUAUCCAAUACACAACACCUACUCCAUUAGUGACAUCGACUUACAGCCCACAAGCAUUUAGUCAACAGACUAUUAGAAAAAUUGAAACGCAGAAAUUCUAUCCCGUUUCGUCCACAGUUCGCCCUAUCCUCCGAGAACAAUUCACAUAUCAGACAACACCCGUGACGUUGUACGAAAAUCCGAUCCUCAAAUUCGCUCAAAAGUCUACGCCACAAACAUAUGUGACUUCUACUUAUGCGCCACUGACCUAUAGCCAGCAAACAAUAAACAGAGGCAGCAGUGCGAAAGCGACCGCAAACGCCGAGUACGCGUAUACAAAGUCCGGUGUUGCUUAUGAGCAGCCCCAAACUUUCAUACAGUUUUCGACUGUUCAACCAGCUAUUUCUAUUCAACCCGCUGUGUCCACUUACCAACCGCAAUCAUACAGUCAACAAACUUAUCAUAAGGUCGACGCCGGACAAGUCAAUACUUAUACUCAAGGCGCGUCAGUAGACGGAUAUUACGACACACAGCCCGUUGUUGAUUUAGGUGAAGCCAAGACGAUUAUAGAGUCGUCCACCGCUUCACCCAUUAUUACAUCCACUUACAGACCAUUUAAACAAAGAGUUCAAAUACAAAAGCUGGCGCCUGUGUCAUCUACAUCGCUUCCUCGAGUUGAUUUGACAUAUCAGCAACCAGCCGUAUCUAUUUACGAGAAUCCAAUUUUGAAAUACACACAGAAAGUGACACCCGUGACAUACGUGCAGCCAACAGUUGCAGUUUUUACUCAAACAGUCAGGCCGCUCGUUCAACAAAGCCAAGUUCAACAACAAGCGAGUGCGGAACAGACUUACGAAAACUUAAAUGUACAGCUGAACCAAGAAGGCUAUACCUAUAGCCAACCUGCUGCCCAAACUAAAACUGCCUCGACAAAACCUGCUUAUUCCGAUGCCAGUGCAGUGUCACGUCAAGAAUUCAAUCUAAACACCGGUGGCCAAUACGAGUCAGGAAAGGACGUCGUAUUUGUUUCCACCACACCGUCAACAGUGGUCUACGAAGACCAUUAUGCUACUCAGGAGAUAUCCAACAAUGGUCAAACCUACAAAGCACCCGACUAUAUACCGCCUAAAGUGGAACAAGAGCAAGUAUAUACAGUGUCAACCCCCUCCACACCCGUUGUUUAUCAGCAAACUUCUACAUUGUACAGAACACAGGAUCAAAACGAUUAUAACCCCGUUGAAUAUUCACAACAAUACGACAUUAGUCAGACACUACCACAAGUUACUGUCAGUCAAACUACUGUAGAUCUGCCUAGGAGAAAUCAAUACAAACAAACUGCUUACCAAGCUCCAGAGAUUCAAGUUGGUUAUAAGGCUGAAGAGUACUUACCGCCGGUUGUGUCAACAGUCACACCCGUCGUGACUUCUACUUACAGGCCUCCCACCUACUCCACCGUAGCCACCUCUCGGGAGUAUUUACCAGCGAAGACCACCUACGAAUAUAACGGACCUGAAUACUUGCCACCACAAACGACAUCGAAACCAACCACCCAAUCGAGGGAUUAUCUACCACCGGUGUCACAGACUUUCGAAUCGAGAAUUACGAAUGUUCCUUAUCAAGAUUUCUCGGUCCCGAAAGACACCACGACAGUCGUGUCCUCCACGUCAACGCCUGUGUAUAGAAAACAAAACAUUGUCGUCGAAACUGCCAAAUCGCAACUACUCGGAUUCGAAUCUGUGGGCACUGAUGCCGGAUUAGUUACACCAGUGAGUUACAGCACCACAGCACCCGUAGUCGUGUCGACCGCCGAUAGUUACUUUACACCCGCCAAAACAGUUACUUCGACGUAUGCACCCGAGUUGGUAGAAAUAACUUCAACAGCGCCCCGACGAAGCAGACCAAAGUAUGCCAGGCCGUCGGUAACAUCCACAACCUCAGCCCCGUCUUAUCAAUACUUCGAAUCGACGACGUACAAAGCACCUGAAUAUUUGCCGCCUAUCGAGAACUUGGCGACUGUAGGAGUAAAUAACGCUGACGCAUCAUUCACGAUCAACGUUAACCCCUAUCAAGGACCUUCAGCCCCACUGCAGAGGCAGCAAAAUAUCGUCGUCGAAACUUCAAAGUCAAACUUGCUUGGAUUUGGAACAGUGGGACCGGAUGCUGGAUUAGUGUCAUACACAACGUCCGCUCCAGUAUCUAGCACAGGCGCUUACAAAACGGUUACGUCGACUUAUGCCCCAAUCGAGCAGGAACUAGUAGUUACGCCUUCCCUAGUUCCAGUACGUCGGACCAAACCUAAAGUGGCGGUGGUAACUAAGAUCAACGACUUCAACCCGUUACUGGUACGAAAGUUAGGGGCGGUGUGCAGUUGCCAAUCGCCUGUCCUCACACUGAAGGGCAGAAGACCAUCGGUGAAGCAACAAGACGUCGACAGCUACAGCACCAAUUCCGAAAGCGCGUCGCAGACGUUAAGGACUCAAACACCGGUGGCAACGACUGUCGUCACUCCGACUCCAGUGGUCACAUCGACCUUCAAUCCCAUCAUAGUACCCGAUGACUCGUUUUACCAGGACUACCAGGAGGCCAGCAAUGACAACAUAGCCAUCACAUCCAACGGCAAUUACGCGUCGAGCACGCCUGCGGCGAUAUCCACCACUGAGAGGGUCAUAAGAAUACGUCCCCGAGUUAAGGCGGCCACGGUUGCACCCACUUACAGGACGGUGCUGUUGAACCAGGUGUCACCGACAGUACAAAUUCAAGAGGUGGAGACGGCGACGGAUUCCCAAUCGUUCGACCGCUACGGUCCGGGCGGAUGGAGGGGCCGUGACGAAACGCUCCAGGGCUCCGUCGACUGCCAAAGGGCCGGUUUGUUCCGUCAUCCGAAACAGUGCAACAAAUUCUACGCGUGCCGAUGGGACUGCACCAAGCAGAGAUUCACGCUCCACGUCUUCAACUGUCCCGUACAGCUUAGCUUCGAUCCUAAUUUGGGUGCUUGCAACUGGCCAAGCCAGGGGCCCGCUUGCCAAGGCGACACACUUCUCACUAAUGCCCUC